AUGCUCAUCCUCAUCCCAGGAAUCACCGGCAACGUAGGAAAGGAGUUGUGCGCAGCCGCACUCGCGGCGGGCCACACAGUCCGCGGGCUGGGGCGAAGCCCAGAAAAGCUGCCGGCGGAACUCAGCUCGCGGCUCGAGUCGUUUGUCAAGAGCACGUCGUACGCCGACGUGGCGGCCUUUGACGAGGCCUGCAGCGGCGGGGUCGACGCCGUCAUCGUGGCGUGGCCGGCGCACCCGCUGCUGCAGGUGGACGGGCAGCUGAUGCUGCUGCGGGCAGCCGAGCGCGCGGGCAUCAGGCGCUUCCACUCGGCGUCGUGGAACCUCGACUGGACCAAGUGCAGCCACGGGGACCUGAUAACGUACGACGGGCUCAAGGCCUUUGCGCGCCACGCGCUCUACACGUCGCGCGUCCGCGUCACGCACGUCUUUGUCGGCGUGUUUGCAAAGACCUUUUUUGCCGUGCCGGGCGCGGGCGCGCUCGAGGCGGACAGCGCCAUGUGGGUGCGCGGCGAGGGCCAGAGGCGCGUGCUGCAGACGCCGCGGGGCGACUCGUGGAGGAUGAACUUUACCACCGAGGAGGACGCGGCGGCGUUCAGCGUGGCGCUCAUCACGAGCGAGCACGGCGACAGGGGCGGGUUCUAUCGCUUCUGCUCGGACACCUUCACGCCGAGGGAGGCCAAGGAGGCGUUUGAGGCGGUGCGCGCGGGCGGCGAGGUGACGUGCCGCACGCUCAUGCCGCUCGAGGUCAUCAAGAAGCUGGCCGAUGACACAAAGGCCAAUGCCGAGGCGGCCGGGCCCGAAAUGUUUCAGAUGCAGUACCUCGCCAUUGCUGGUUUGGAGUAUGGGUAUUGGAUCCCCAGCGAAAAGAUGCUCUUUGAUCCCGUGGAUGCUGCAAAGUUCCCUCAUGUGAAGAGGACGUCUGUGCGGGAGUAUAUUCAGAAGAACGCGUGGGUCUAA